GGGUUGCUGCUGGGUGACACCUGCCAGCACGACAUGGACUGUUCGGACAGCGUCAAGGGCAGCUACUGUACCCUGGAGGGUCUCUGCGAGUGCAGCCCAUUCUACGUAAGGUUGAACGAGUCAGCCUGUCUGCCGUCUCAACUCCUCGAGAGUGACUGUAGCCUCUCGGAGCAGUGCUCGAUGCGCGUAGCAAACAGCAGUUGCAUCGAUGGACAUUGCCAGUGCGAUGCCGGAUUCCUGCAGUUCCGCAAACACACCUGCCUAUCGCCGGCCCAACCCGGUACGGUUUGCUACAGCCACGCGCAUUGUCGAAUGUGGGACCAGGAGAGCCAUUGUGACUUCCUUAUCCCGAACCUGUUCGGUCGGUGUCAGUGUACGUCGCCGGCGCGUCAGAACGGUCCAACUUGUGUGGCCGAUGUAAGCCCUUCGACGGAGUUGAUUGGGUUUGCGAAACCUCAACAGCAAAGUCCAGCGGCUGAGGUCGACACUCAACCCCCGGAAGGUUCGAUCGAUCGCAUGUCGACGACGACCGAGGACGAUGUGAUCGUGGUGGAGAAUCUGGUACUUCGAGAUGACGCCCACGAUGGGGAGAUGGCAUCGGCAGAGCAACACAUCACGACGGAGUAUCAGACGACGGCUUCGGAUGAGGACGCAACCAGCACGACGGAUUUCCUCGAGGUGACGAUGGGCGGUAUGACGGAGGCGCAGGACUCGGUCACAGGGAUGAUGACAACGACGCCGAAAGCCAGCAGUGGCAUGGAGGAGUACGAGAACACCGAGCAGUACGCCAGUUUAGAGCGUGAAGUUGAGGAACAAUUCAAGCAGCAGGAACUCGUGGACGCCCUAUCGACGACGACGGUUGGUGAAUGGGCUGGAGACAUUGCGGAAGCCAUCACGGAAGAAGGACAAGGUGUAGGUGAUGCGACGACGCUAACGGCCAUCGAAAUUAUGCCACCCUCGCUGGGUGACGAUGGAGCAACGGAUCGUAGCGAAGUGACAGUUGUCAACGAGGGAGAACAGAACUCAACCACUGAACCAAACGGUAACAUCGAGAACGAUGUGGAGCUUGUGGAGUUUGAUCGAACCGCUGCUCCCAGUGAGGUGGAGAAGGAUGCUGAAAACACCCAACAAGCUGCAUCGUUGGUAAGGGAACAGGAGACAACGACGAUGGUGACGGUUGAUCGAGCAACUGAUCGUUUCGAACACACGACAUCGGCGUUGACGACGGAGAACGAAGUGCGUGAAGAUUCCACCGAUGGCAAUGAUGCGACAACAACGGAGCUUAUUGAGCAGUAUCAGGAUGUGCAACUGCGCCGGCAGGACUCGAAACUGUUCGAUGAGGACGAUGGCGAAGAAGCGCAUGGUAAGGAUCGGUUUGGGCCACGUGGCACGACGGGACACUCCGAGCGUGAUAAUGAAGUCAUCGACACGGAACCGAUUCAGACGACCACGGAAACGUUAGUACGGUUAGCCAGCCGAACGACGGUCAUGGAACCGGAAGCACCCAUUUCGACCACGACGGUUGCAACGUCGACUGCAAGAAUACGGACCCGUGUCGAUCUGGGUGAUGGACCAGUCUCGUUGGGGUUAACCUGCACCAAAAACGAACAGUGUCAGCUAGCGGACCCGUACAGUUACUGCAACGACGAGGGACACUGCGAUUGCGCCUAUCACCAGCCGGAUGACUCCUGCCGAGCUACCAAUACCGGUUGUUCUCGGGGCACGUUCCAGUGCCGUUCGAGUGGCAUCUGCAUCAGCUGGUUCUUCGUGUGUGAUGGUCGUCCAGAUUGCAGUGAUGCCUCGGACGAGGAAUGCAAUUUCGCGCCGAAAGCCAACGGUACGGCGUCCUGUCCCGAGCUAUCCUUCCGAUGCGAACGAAGUGGUCGGUGCAUCUCGCGAGCCGGUAUUUGUGACGGAAAAACGCAGUGCCCACAUGGCGAAGACGAGAUCGGUUGUGAUUUCCGGAAGUCGCGCAAAUGUCCCGAACACACGUUCAUGUGCCGCAGUGGCGAGUGCCUGCCGGAGUACGAGUACUGUAACGCGAUCGUAUCCUGCCGGGAUGGAAGUGAUGAACCACCGCACCUCUGUGGCUCCCGAGCCGUACCGAACUUCUUCGUCAAGCUGUUGAGCGGUCCGACGGCUCGAGGACGCAACUACUGCCCGAUGCGAUGCGGAAACGGACGUUGUCGGUCAACCGCCAUCGUGUGUUCAGGUCGGGACGGAUGUGGUGAUGGUAGCGACGAAGAUCGGUGCUCGGUUUGCCGAUGCCCGGCGCCAGCUUACAACAACGCGCUGCCGUUUGCAGGACCCGCCACGACCGGUGCCGUGUCGAAGCCGCGAAGAAGGACGAGCCGUAUCACCGGAGGACACUGGUCACGGACAUAA